CUGGGAUGUCACCAGGUCCCCCCUCACGUCUCCCACCCUCUCAGCAAUAACCCCACCCCUGGUGAUCGAGGGUGCAUCCGGAUUCGUGAAACGCAAGAACGAUGGGCCGAGUUACCCCCCCGAAACCGCAUCUUUAAAUACAAUUACGCGUAUACGCGCUGCGAAAGCGCAAGGGUCCAAUCAGAGUGGAGGGGAGCGACACGACUGCUACCCCCUCGGUAAGCAAUUCGGGGCACGAGCCCUCCAGAUAUUUAAGCCUCUCGCAAAAUACAGGUCGUGCCCAGUUGAUACCUUGACAUCGCGUCACGAUCAUCGAAUUUACUACCCGAGAAUUUCGUCGCCUAAAAAGCUUCGCCCGAGCUCGCAGUCUUCGACCAUCUAGUGACCAGUGUGAUACCUUACUUCCAUCGCGAACAUACACUGGACUCGAGUUGAAAGUUCCGUGACAAUCCAACAACGAUCACUUCCGUGGUGCGUGACAAAUGGAGUCCGCGAAUGCCGUCAUGUUCCCGCCUAUCAUCACCGAAAACGCUCUGCUUAUGAGCAUCGAGGCGCUCCAGAGGACGCCCUUGUUUCCGGUACGACCGAUCGUCAGGGCUGCCAGGAUGCUCGGACGAGAUUCCUCCACGGAGGUCAUCGACGUCAGCAGGCUAUCACAGAAGAACACGUCGGUCAUUCAAUACGUGAGUGCUUCCAUUUUGCGUGACCAGACCCAAAUCCUCUUACAGGGUUCUUCUUCGAUAGACGUAAAGGGAAAUUUAGCUGUAAUUUUUGUUCAAUUUUCUAAUAAAUUUCGUCUUUCUGGCACAGGUGGAAGUAGCCGAUGCGGACGGUCGUCUAUACUGCGUGGACGGUCUCGUAAGCACCGCCAACUGGCUAAAGAUCGUCACCCUCGCGAAGGACUGUCAAAGUUGCAACGUUCUGCUGAUGUCCACCGAAAACGGAGUGAUACUGAAGACCGUAAGAUGCAUAUCCCCGGGCGAACCUCUGCUCAUGUGGUUCACCGAGGACAUCCUUGCCAUGCUGAACAUGCCUUUCCUGACGCCAUCCAACAUUCAAGGACAGAACCGGUACAUGUGCCACUUGUGCAACAACCUCUUCGAGUACCCCAACCCUCUGAAGAUCCACCUAGCUUUGAAGUGCAAUCGACUGGACGCCAAUCACCUCUGGUCCACGUUGGCGAAAGAGUUCAACGUGUCGUCGAGAUCCAAAUUAUCCUUCAACUUGUUUCCGCAAUCGACGUUCCGAUUCGAGCUAUCCAGAUCUCCGCAGACGUCUCCCAACUCUAGAAUAUCCCCAAUCCUGGUGGAAUCUAUGGACUCGACGAUUUCCAUCACGACCACCUCCUCGAGAUCGUCGAAUCAACCUUCUCCGUCGCCUUCCAACGAAACCUCGCCCAAUUCCUCCACCGCGCAAGUUUCGCCCACCUCGUCGACGCAAGUGUCUCCCGCGAGGAAGGACCUGGCCUACAGACAAUCCGCUUUCAAACCCUACAUGAACCAAACGAACGUGUUCGCCAGCGUUUGCCCUCCCGUUAGAGAGGGACCCGUCAUGGCGCCCUUUAACGUCCAAACGACCGCGCCAACCAUCAAUACGGACGCCCACGCCGCCCAGAUGGAGACGAUAGUCAGCAAUCUUGGGAAAUCGAAGCAGGGGAACCAGUGCAUCUACUGCGGGAAAAUCUACUCCAGAAAGUAUGGCUUGAAGAUCCACAUCAGGACUCACACCGGCUACAAACCACUAAAAUGCAAAUACUGUCUACGACCUUUCGGCGAUCCGAGCAACUUGAACAAACACGUACGACUGCAUGCCGACGGGGACACGCCUUACAGAUGCGAGCUGUGCGGAAAGGUUUUGGUCAGAAGAAGAGACCUAGAGAGACACAUAAAGUCGAGACAUCAAAACAUGGAUCAAAGUUCCGACACGUCGUCAGAUGGGAACGAAGUUUGA